AUGUCUACUUAUGAAAGCUUUGGCCAAUUUUCGGCUCCGUACAGUAGCAACGAUCUGGAUCUUGCUCUUGCUGAAUGUCAGGAACUCGAAGACCCUCUUCAAAGGCUUAAACCCUUCACCCAAAUGACGACAGAGUCUACUAGCCUCCCAGAUUUGCAGCUGUAUGAUGAUUGUACUCUGGGCCAGUGGCUUCCAGAUACCACGAAACAGACAGAUUUGGGAGGAUUCGAUGACUUCAAUGCAUCGAUAAAUGCGACCAUGCCGGAAUCAUGCACCCAUUCACUCCAAAGCACGACUGGCAUCAAUGAACCAAUACACGGAAAUGAAAACCUGAGCCGCAGGAAAAGUGAAUUGUUAUCGCAAUCAGCUUCUGAUAACCGGGUGGUGCUCAACAGAUCUUCAUCAACAAUUCGCCACCUUAAUGAAGACUAUCAGACUUGGGACCAACAUGCCGCUUCGCUGUCCAGACGAUUCGAGAAAAUGGAUGGGAGUCUAAAUAAUGUCCAAGAUCGUCUGUCGAGGCUUGAACCUCGUUUGAUGGGGUUGGAGCUCAGUCUUGAUAAGAUUGACGGAUACUUUCAACAGACAGAGGCUCAUCUGAAGAGAGCUUUACGGGAGAUCGAUAUCCUAGGUGACAAGUUCAAGACUCUUGACAGUAUUAUGCUUGAAGUCAUUCGACGGGAGCAAAUUGCAAUGCAGGAGAUAGGCGAAUUAGCGGGUAGAUACAAUGAUCGCUGA